AGCCAAUCCAGUCCAAGUGCGCGAACAUCAAAAGAUCUACCAUUCAUUCCCAGUCAAAAUGAUAUGUCUAUGAUGAAUCCAAAUAUGCCGAACGGAGGACCUGGUCCACUUUCUUACCACUCUUCGCUCUACAAACGACCAAAUGUUUACAUAACAAAACGCAUCGGCGAAGCAGUGGAGUUGGAACCACACAUGAGGCCACCAGUUCAUGUAGUAAAUCCACAAUUUCGUCCUAUGACAAAUCAAAUGAUACAACAGCAACAGCUACAGGAACAACAACAGCGUCAACAACCAGGAUUUUUCCAACAACUGUUCGGCUUAGGUGGAGGUGGCAGCAGUCAGUCUCAAUCACCACCAACACAACCACCACCGCCGGUGCGACCGGUACCCGUACAACAGCACCACAUACAAUCGGUCCAACACAACGGAGCGCAGCCACCAUUUCGGGCAGUGACAGAAAAUGAUCUAUACCUAUUGGGCGCGAUAGAGAAACUCGUUUACCGCGUGGAUUACUUGGAGAGCCGUAUACGACGAGCCGAACAAUUAAUUUACUACUUGAUGGCGGGAAAUAAUCAGAAAGAAGUGCGUGAUCCGUGCCCCACAAAUUUUACACGUAUCAGUGAUAAUUGUUAUUACAUCAAUAGCAACCAGCAGGUGAACUGGAAGACCGCCAACUCAGCGUGUAAGGCGCUGAAUUCACACCUUGCGGAAUUUGAAAGGGGUUCAGAGAAUGAAGAAAUCAUGGCUCACCUAUUGAAUCAGCCGCAGCAUCGUGGACGUGACUACUGGUUGGGUGGUUUGAAUCCCGGUUUGCUUUGGAUUUGGUCUAAUUCGGCGAAACCGGUUAAUCCAAACAUGAAUCUCACAUCCAUUGCCAUGUCACAUGCAAAUAAUACAGAGAGCAAUACAAUCGAUGUGGAUGGCGGUGACAAGGAUAAGAAGAAGAAGGACGAAGAUGACCCUUCCCUCAAUGAAACCAUCCUAAACAAUACCGUGGAGAUUGAGGGUCAAGGUCGAUGCUUGCGGCUAUCUUACAAUCCCACAAAACACAUUUAUAAUUACUAUGGACAGGAGUGUACUUCGAGGCAUUACUAUAUCUGUGAAGCGGAAGACAAAACACUGGAUAAUAAAAUUAAGAAGAUCAGCAGAGAACUAAAGUUAUUCGAUUGAUUCGAUUAUUUGAUUGUAAUCGAAUCAACUUUCUCGUUUUUGAAGGCUGAAAAUUAUGUUUGUGAUUUUGAGCCAUCGCCGCCUUAAGAUCUGAACACAUGGUCAACUGAUAAAUUUGUGUCGAAAUAACUGCAAUUCGAUUAGCAAAUUUUAAAUAUGACAUGCUGUAUUUUAGGCUUAGGGUGGUAUAAAUUAUAUCAUAGUAUUUUCGAAUUAUUGAAGUUUAACAGUGGACUAUAAGUUGAUUUUAAGUGCAGCACAUCUUUAUUGUUUUAAAUUUUAAAU